AUGACCGAGAAGCAUUCGAAGGCCGAUGGCGACCUGGACGCCGAGCAAGCAAAGACUCUGGAUGGAUCCACCGAUGUUCAAGAAGCCGAAUUGGCAGCACUGGGGUAUACUUCCGAACUGCAGCGUAACCGAUCGCUGUAUACCCUAUUAUUCCAGAGCCUUGCCAUCGUCGCCGUCCCGUAUGGCGAAGGCAGCGCAAUGAACAGCGCCAUCAUCGGAGGCGGUCAACUACCGUACUUCGUUGGAUGGAUCAUGGUCUCGAUCCUCGACGAAGCCAUAGCCAUGAGCCUGGCAGAACUCGCUUCGAAGUUCCCUACAUCGGCUGGGCCUUACUACUGGGUGUAUCGUCUUCUGCCGGAAGGACAACUCCGCAGGGUACUGUCAUUCAUCACGGGAUGGACGUGGCUCGUGGGCAACUGGACUAUCGCAUUGAGUGUCAACUUUGGAAUGGCAUCUCUGAUAGCAGGAACAGUGACGAUGUAUCAUCCAGAUUGGGUAGCAUCUUCGUGGCAACUUCUCCUCAUCUUUUACGCCGUCUGCGUGGGCACAUUCCUCGUGUGCGUCUUCGGAAACCGCAUCCUACCAUAUAUCGACACCGCCGCCUCGGUGUGGAACGCCUUGUGUAUACUCGUCGUCUUGAUUGGCCUAUCGGUCACUGCAAACGUCGGUCGACACAGUGCAGGCGAGGCCCUCGCCCAUUACGACAAAUCCUUGUCUGGCUGGGGAGGAUUUAGCUUUUUCAUUGGACUGCUGCCGGCAGCAUACACAUACGCUGCUGUGGGCAUGAUUGCCAGCAUGGCUGAAGAGGUCAAUGAGCCUGACAUACAAUUGCCCAAGGCCCUGUGCUUGAGCAUUCCCAUCUCGGCGAUUGCUGGCCUGUUCUUCAUCCUGCCCAUCUGCUUCACACUACCACCAUUGGAGGACAUCCUCAAUGCCCCGGCCGCACAAGGUCUACCGUACACCUUCCACGUCGUCAUGGGCUCGCCAGGAGGUGGACUGGCCCUCAUGUUCUUUGUUCUCGGUGUGGGACUUUUCUGCUCCAUCUCCAUCACCACAACGGCUUCUCGCUGUACCUGGGCGUUCGCGCGAGAUCGAGCGAUUCCGCUGUCGAGACUCUGGUCGAGACUUGAUUUGGGCCAAGUACCUGUAUUUGCUUUGAUAUUGACGACUGUCGUCCAGAUGUUACUGGGACUGAUCAACCUGGGCUCAUCCAGUGCAUUCACCGCAUUUGCCAGUGUUGGCGUUAUGGGUCUUGCUGCAGGAUACGCCAUUCCAAUCACCGUGAGCAUGCUCAGCGGCAGAGUGGCAGUCUCCACAGCCCGUUUCAGGUUACCAGCGCCUGUAGGGUGGACGGUAAACAUCCUCGGUGUCUUGUGGAUUGCAUUCCAGCUGGUGUUAUUCUCGAUGCCCACCGCUCUGCCAGUGACGAUUGUGAGCAUGAACUAUGCAUCAGUCGUCCUGGUUGGGUUUAUGUUCCUGAGCACCGUCUACUAUCUUUUCUGGGCUCGAAAAGAGUAUGACGGUCCCCCGAAGUCUGAUGGAUUUUGA